AUGAAGCCUUUACUUGUUGAGAAAGGCAUGGACGGCGGCAACGACUCUCAGCCAGUGACGGCGAAACUCCGGGCUUCUCGUCGGCGCCCGCCGCGUGCUUCACGUGCCUGCGAGACUUGUCGGGUGCGCAAGACCAAGUGCGACCAAGCCCAACCGUGUUCCUAUUGUGCUUACCAUUCACUGGACUGCUUCUAUCGCGCUGCUGGCCCCAAUGAGGCUUCAUCAGCAGCAAAGAGGCAGGCGCAAAUCCGAGAAGCUCAAAAAUCGAAGACCCGCCCAUCACCAUGGCCAGAUGUGAGCCAGAGCAAUCAAAAUGGCUUCCACCAGAGUGACUCUCCGGACCAUUAUACCCCACGAGUUGCGCGAAGCGUUGGCAAUAUCAAUGCUAGCUCACCUACUGUUUUUACCCCUAAACGUGAUGAUGAUAGCAUAGUUGCUGCUACCCCUGAGCUAUGCGACUCAGCAUCCCGAGACGGUCUGAGUGGGGUCAAUCUCCAUACCAAUGGCACGGAGUUCUAUGGCAAUUCGUCGAAUCUUGCAUUCCUGGGAAAUCUAUAUGCUCGGGCACGUAAUCAUGCAGAGACCAAGCCUUUAACCAUUCCCGACAACGAGCCUUCGUUCCCGACGAACGGUGGAACUAAUGCGGUACUCAAUUCUUUAUCAGACAAGGCAGCCGCAGACCAUUUGACCCCCAACUCUCCAGCAGACAAGCAGUCGGAAAGUUCACAGACGAACAAGGCACAGCUUUCGAUAGUGAACCUGCUGUAUAAUCCGAAAUACCCUAGUCACUCCCCACCGCAGAUCAACGGAGGAGCCGAAGAUGAUAGACAGGGAAGAAAGGAGAACACCGAAGGCACCAGAGCUAAUGCUCCAAGCUAUAUCACCGAUGAGGCACAACUGGAAAUCGAGAAAAUGUUCAUCAGCAGCUACUUUUGCAACAAGCAUUAUAUUCAUCCUAUGCUGUGCAAGACGAACUUUAUGCGGCGUUGUGAGAAUGAAGCUUUUGUCCUGCCCAGGCGGCCAGGAUUCUUACGCGGAAUAUCGAAGUUCUCAGGACUCUAUUUCUCCGUGGUUGCUCUGGGUGCCAUAAACGCUAGCCCGCACGAGACAGCUCUGCUUGAUCACUAUUGCAAUUACCUUCCUUAUCUGGGCAAGCCCGGUGCUACGAGCAAGCCUUCGUCAUUAGACUUUGCAGACUACUACUUUGGAAAGGCGAAACAAGCGCUAGGUGAUUUGUUUGAGAGCUGUAGCCUAGAGAGUGCACAAGCUCUUUUGCUGCUGAGUGUCUUCUGUCAAAAUGCGCUGCGACCGCAUAGCUGCUUCAUGUACAGCGGCAUGGCAGUAAGGACUGCAGUCGCUAUUGGGCUGGCAUCGGGCAUGUCGUCUGUGUCCCUUGAUACACGGAAGGAGGGCAGAAGGACUUGGUGGUGUAUCUACUCUCACGAAAUUGAGAUGUGCUGUUCCUCGGGGCGGUUAGACAGCAUGAAAGAUCUCCAAUAUUAUCAGGUUUCACUACCAACGCUGAAGGCCACGCCUGGUAAUCUACUCGACCCCGAUGCAGAAGACGACCACGUCGCUAUGAUACCAGCGAUGGUAGCUCUGGCCCAAAUAAUGUCUGAAGCAUCCCAUCUCCUCUAUCACUCACCGAAGCGGUCCAUGAGCGAAAUGUCGCAGAUCGCAAUGAGUCUUGACAACAAACUGCUCGCAUGGAAAGCCACACUGCCGCACUUCUUGGAUAUUGAUGCGGCUUCACUCAACGACACCGAAUGGGCCUUUAAACAGAAGCUAGUCUUGAGACUAAGAUUCUACAACACCCGCAUCCUAAUACACCGACCAUUCCUCGCCGCAUCAGCAUCCAGCACCGAGUCCUCUAAUCUACUCCAACACCUACACACCUGCCUCGACGCUGCAAGAACCAGCAUCCAGAUGCAAUACGAAUCCUUCCUACAUAGAAUUUACAUUCGAACCUGGUGGUACAACACAACCUACGCCCUCUACGGCGCCAUGAUCCUCCUCCACCUCGUCCUCUCCGGCUUCCCCAGCAUCCGCGACGAAGACCUCCUCCUCGACGUCGAAAAAAGCCUCGACAUUUUCGAAUCCAUGAACAACAUCGUCGUCGCGCGCCGCUGUGCCGAAAUGAUCCGCGAGGUUCUCGAAGUCGCGCGCGCAUGUGUCGCACGCCGUCGUUCUUCCCUCGUACCGUCAGCAGCAGCACAUACAUCAAUGCUAGCUCCCCCGCCCACAAGUCUUGGUAUAGAUACUGCCACUGCUGCUGCUACUGACCCAACAGCGGUGCAAAAUCGGGCGGAUAACCUCACAGGAAUGGUCCCACCCAGCACAGACAGCGACUUCUUCUUCUCGCUGUUUAAUCAGGAUUCGCAGCCUGAUACUCGUGCCGAGAUAUUGGCUAAUUUGGUUGAUCCUACGAUAUUGGAGGACUUUGCGUUUGGGAGUGGGGGCAGCGAUUUUUCGUUUUUCUUGGGGUCUUGA